AUGUCACAUGAGAGCGGCGUGCUGUCCACAGACCCCAUUUCUGCAGUUGGAGUCAUCACUUCGCUCACCAAGGCCCCAGAAGGCUAUUAUGUUGUUGCACAAACAACAGAUGGCACUGACGCCGACCUGUGGAAGGACGGCUUAUUCAAAUCCAAGGUCACUCGCUACCUCUGUUUCUCCAGGAAAACUGGGCCCGAAGUUGUUGUGGAUAUGAAGCUGAUUGAUAUUAAGGAUGCCUUGCCAGAGUUCUUCACACCUGUGCAAGAAACACUGGACACAAAGGAAACCGUCCUGAGGAAGAAGAGGCUCUGUGUGAAAAUGAGCCGUCGUGAGGCUGCCGAGGCAGCUGUGUGUGACAUCCAGGUCACCGUGAAGUCCAAGUUCCACCUUGUUAACUACACAAGUGUAGGGGAUAUAAACAAUAUGGGGCUAUGGUUCCGAAUGGGAGUUGUUCCAAAGCAUCAAUCGUCUCCGGAAAGCCCAAGCAGACCUGAACCGGACAUCCUUCCCAGCACAAGGUACCCUCAGACCAAAGCUUUCAGCAGCAUAAGUUGUUGGUUGUGGCUGGACAACGAGGUAGUGAGGGUGAACUGGUCCCAGGAGGCAUAG